CUACGUUUUGAUCCUUCUUGUCUUGACAACAAGGGCUUCCUGCUGCCUGUUAACUUGACAGCGCAAGGCAGGCAAAGUGUAAAGCACCUGACACGAUUAGAAAACGCCAGCAGACAGAUUCUUAUUUCGAUUGCCCAUCAUAUCAUCUCGACGUAAGGAUACACAGUCGUAUAGGAUAUCAAACGCGGAACACAGGUUAGGAUCACUGGGAGGGAGCUCCACCUCUGCAGGAGAGGGACCGAAGGAGGAAGUCACCUUGUCAUUGUGCAAGCAAACCGGUUUGGGUGUCUGCAGCAGCACAACACACGGGAGGAGCCCGCCGGAUCCGCACUGUUGCGUCGGUGGAGACAUGGUCAGAACUUCCACCAUGGUGCUGAACGGAAACCUCACGGUGCAGAUGAACCAGACUAUUCUGCAGAACGGAAAGCAGAGGAAAAACGGGCUUGUCAACGGCGAAAAACGGACAAACUUCCCCGCGGCAAAGGGGGUGUCGUGCCGGCAGUACAGCCCCGAGUCCUUCGAGCAGGCCCCCAUGUACGUGGCCGUCCUGACGUACCUGGGCUUUGGCAUCGUCACUCUGUUCGGCUACUUCAGAGACUUCCUCCGAGCCGUGGGCUUAGAGAAGUGCCAUCUCGCCCAGGAGAGGGAGGAACAGAAGGAGUUUGUGCCGAUGUAUCAGGACUUUGAGAACUUCUACACGCGGAACCUGUACAUGAGGGUCAGAGACAACUGGAACCGGCCCAUAUGCAGUCUGCCAGGGCCUGCCUUCGAUCUGAUGGAGAGGGUGUCUGACGAUUACAACUGGACUUUCAGGCUUACAGGGAAGACGAUAGAGAACGUGAUCAACAUGGGCUCCUACAAUUACCUCGGCUUCGCGGAGAACAACGAGGACUUCCUCAAGACGGUGGCGGACAAGACUCUCCAGUAUGGGGUGGGCGUCUGCAGCUCGCGGCAGGAAGUGGGGAACCUCAGCAGCCACGAAGAGCUGGAGCGCCUGGUGGCCGACUUCCUGGGCGUUGAGUCUGCCAUGACCUUCGGCAUGGGCUUCGCCACCAACUCCAUGAACAUCCCGGCGCUCGUUAGCAAGGGCUGUUUGAUACUCAGCGACGAGCUGAACCACACCUCCCUCAUCCUGGGGGCCCGUCUGUCGGGAGCCACCAUCCGGGUGUUCAAGCACAACAACAUGCACAGUCUAGAGAAGAUGCUGAGGGAUGCGGUGUGCUCGGGACAGCCUCGGACCCAUCGGCCCUGGAGGAAGAUCCUCAUCAUGGUGGAGGGCAUCUACAGUAUGGAGGGCUCGGUGGCGCGGCUCCCAGAGAUCGUGGCCCUGAAGAAGAAGUACAAGGCGUACCUGUACCUGGACGAGGCCCACAGCAUCGGGGCGGUGGGGCCCACGGGGCGCGGCGUGACGGAGCUGUUCCGGCUCAACCCCGCCGACGUGGACGUCAUGAUGGGCACCUUCACCAAGAGCUUCGGGGCGGCCGGGGGCUACAUCGCCGGGAACAAGGAGCUGGUGAACUACCUUCGGAGCCACUCCCACAGCGCUGUCUACGCCACGGCCAUGUGCCCCCCCGUGGUGGAGCAGAUCGUCCGGGCCAUGAAGUGCAUCAUGGGAGUAGACGGGAACACAGUGGGCAUACAGCGGAUCCGGCAGCUGGCGGAGAACACGCGCUACUUCAGGUCUCGGCUGAAGGAGAUGGGCUUCAUCAUCUACGGGAACGACAGCUCGCCCGUGGUCCCCAUCCUGCUCUACAUGCCCGGCAAAGUAGUGGCGUUCUCCAGGGCCAUGUUGGCGAGGAAGAUCGGCGUGGUGGUGGUGGGCUUCCCGGCCACGCCGAUCACCGAGGCCCGGGCGCGCUUCUGUUUGUCCGCGGCACACACAAAGGCCAUGCUGGAUGAGGUCCUGCACCACCUGAACGAGGUCGGCGAUGACCUGUGUUUGAAGUUCUCCCGGCGGAAGAUCUCCCCGCGGCCCGUGCUCUUCAACGAGACAGACUUUGAGCUGGACAGUUGAUGUCGGUGGCAGGGCCGGACACGCGGCUCCUCCUUCACACACACACACACACACGGUCGGGGCCUCUGAGGGCCCCCGACGCAGACAGGGGGGGCCCCACAAUCUGGCAAUACAGUGUAUUACUUCUGUACGCCAUGCCACGAUAGAGGCGUAAUAUACGGCAGCUGCUUUAUAUGCCUCUUGAGAUGUAUAUGUAUAUAUUUUUGUUCACCCCAAAAAAAUUGUCUUUAAAAGAUAUUUUUUGACAUCAGACAAAAUGAAAAUAUUUUUGCAUUUGUCUUUGAAUAGAAGGUGAGAAUGUUGCGAGGCAGAGGAAAAAUCUCUUGGGGUGGGUUGUGUCCGUUGGACAAAUUCAUCUCGAUUUAAAUAUGUACCUUUCUAAUAUGUGUCAUGGGUUGGAGUCUGUAAACUUUUAAUUUUUUAUUUUUGUAAAGCGACGAUGAUUACAAGAGAAGGUUCACGUUUGUAGCAUACACCAAUGUUUGAAACAUCUCGGCAAACAACGCAAUAAAUGAACCAUUGUAUACUA